AUGGCGUGGCAGAGAGGGCAGGGGAAGGUGAAGCGGGUGGCCGGGCCGGAUAGAAUGGUAAAUGGUCAAGGUGCAAUACAGAGGUCCACAGAUCGUUGGAAGCACCGGCGGAGGAAGGAGGAACACAAAAUUGUGGAGCACAGCUGCCACGUGCGGGGUAACGUGGCACAAGCGGGCGCCACAACAGUGCACAAGACGGUUGAAGCUGGACAUGGUAGCUUAUGA